AUGGCGUCGACAGACCCGUCCGCGGGCUUGAUGGAUAUCGCAAGCUCUCUCACUCAGGAUGAAAUUCCUUUCAAGUUGCGAUGCGCUAUCUGCAAUAAGCUGGCCAUCAACGCGUUUCGACUGCCAUGUUGCGACCAAGCAAUAUGCGAAAAUUGCCAGCAGUCUUUGCCGGAGAGUUGCCCCGUCUGCGAUCAUCAUCCCAUCUCGUCCGACCUCUGUAAACCUAACAAGGCGCUUCGCACCACCCUGAAAGCUUUUCUGCGGACGGAGGAGAAGAAGCGGGAAAAGGACCGACCCUCCACGACACCGACCGUCGCGACACCUGUCGACGGCGCCGCAAAUCAGACAGGGGCUCAGACCACUACUGUCUCUGCUGGUCAGGAUUCUGGUGGUCCUGAGCCGUCAGCAGCUGCUCCAAGCGGAGACGGGAAGACUGAAGAACCUUCCGUUGACGCCACGCCAGUCGAGGGCCCGGCGGAGAAUGCAGGUGAGGUAGAUGGCGAGCCUCAAGCGCCUCAUGAGGGCCAGGAACCUGCCGACGGUGUCGCCGGCGAAAAUGAAGGACCCGAGGGCGCCGGACCGAACGGCACCGCUGAAGGCAGUGCGGAUGCUUCGGGCGAAGACGGUACCCAGUCUGGCCAGCAAGGAAUGGGACAGUUCAAUGGACCUACACAGAUGUUCCCGAACCCCAUGGGAUUUGGGAUGGCUCCGGGAAUGAUGCCGAACAUGGGGUGGGGCGGACCUCAGGACUUUAAUUCCAUGGGGCAGUUCAUGCCUAAUGCGAUGGCGAACUUCCAGAAUCCUAUGGGAAUGCCUGGGAUGGGUAUGGACCCGAUGGCAGCGGCUCAGGGGAUGUUUGGAGGUUUUGGGAUGAACAUGAAUGAUAUGAGCAAUGGCAUGAACAUGGGGAUGAAUUUUGAUGCAGGACAAGGGAUGUAUGGAGGAUGGGACAACUCACAGAACAAUAUGUGGAAUGGAGGCCAAGAUAAAUACAAUCCAACUGCAUUCGCGAAUGGUAUGGGCCCUGAUUAUGGCGCCUCAGGAUUUGCUGGCGGUUAUAAUAUGUCCCACUCCAACGGGAACUAUUCUCAGAUGCAGCAACCAUCGCAAUUCCCUAACCAAGAUUUCCAGAACGGGUACUAUGGCCAUGGUCCUGGCUACGGGCGAGGGAUGAUGGGUCGCGGCCGCGGCCGUGGCUUCUACUACCAAGGCGGCCGAGGUCGUGGCGGCUUCUUAGGACCGAUGAAUGCUAAUCAGAACUACCCAGGAAACAAUACUAACCAAGCAGCGUUCUCAAAUCAAAUACCUCCGCAGGCUCAGGAGUCCGACGCCCCUGCGCCCCAGCAGGGUGCGCCGUCUGAGGCGGAUGUUAAGAAGUUUAACGAAGAACUGGCUCCUGGAGGUGAAGAUGAUCUCGCCGAGGGCCAACCUAAAGAGGACAACACCAACGGAGCUGGUGUUUCUGCUUCUGAGACUAAAGACGCCGAUAAUGCUGCUGCGCCGGACGGUAAACCAGAGGAGACGGCGGGCGAAAAGGAGGCCUCAGCAGCGCCGCAAUCGGAGCAGCAGCUCCAGGGUAUUCCGACUAUCGAAAGUAUCGACCAGGCUUUUUCUCGCCCUCAGGCAAUCCCUACUGGCCCAACGCAUAUGAUGGAAGCGGGCUAUGGACGCGGGCGGCCACCCAUGCGAGGAGGCUUCUACGGUGGACGUGGCGGCUAUCCGAAUGGGAGCUUUCAGCCGAUGCCAGGCAUGGGGCAAGGCGUCGAAGGCGCGCCACAAGCACCUCGUGCCAUGCGUGAAGGACUGCCCAACACCAGCAUGCGAGGACGCGGCUUUCCGUUCCAGGGACGAGGGUCGAUGCCGCCGCAGAGAUCGGCCGAAGUCUCCAGAAGCGCAACUCCCGGAAAUGCCCGUCAAGAGGACACUCGUCCGAAAUCUCCAUCUCCGUCGCACUCUCGGGCACGGUCGAGGUCGAGGUCGCGAUCGCGAUCCCAAUCUCGAGCUCGUUCACGAUCAGAAUCCCCGUCCCGCUAUCACCGUCACCAUCGGGAUCGAUCCGAGACUCCUUACGACAGCGAAGAUGACAGGGACAGGAGGCGAGAGCGCCACAGACGGAAGGCUCGUCGAGAGGAGGAAGAAGACGGGUUGUCCAAGGGAGACGACGACCGUUCGCGCUCCCCAUCCCGGGAUGAAUCUCCACGACGCUCCUCGCACCGACGAGACCGGGACCGGGACCGGGAUCGCAAGAGUUCGCAUCGUUCGCACCGCUCACGCCGCCACCGCAGUCGUAGCGUAAGCCGGAACGGAGAGUCUCGCUACCGCGAUCGAGAGUCGGCUACCCCUGAGGAUUACGCAGUGGAUAAAGGCGAUCUUGCGAGUCGAAUUAGCAGGAGCCGUCGCGAAGAGGAGAGGCGUCGUGACCGCGAACGCGAGCGCGAACGUGAGAGGCGUCGGGACCGAGAUCGCGAACGAGACCGGGAUCGCGAGCGCGAGCGCGAACGUGAGCGAGAGCGAGAGCGAGAACGAGCUCGUGAACGAGAGCGGGAACGAGAACGCGACAGGGAGCGCAAACGAUCACGUCGCGACCGCUCCGAGUCUCCUGCCGAGAGUGACUCAUCCCGGCACCAUUCGCGCCGGGCCAAGCGAAGCCACCGAGAGGAAUCGCGGAGCGGCGAGAAAGACCGGCGGCAUGCGGCUGAUAAAGACCGGAGUGCAGCAGACGUGAAGCCCGCGAGGGCCACCGAACAGGAAAAAGAUCCGCACACCCUGGAACGCGAAGCCCGGAACCGAGAGCGGUUGCUCAAGGAACAGCAGCGGCGCGAGGCUAUGAACGCCGAGCGGGAGAGCAAAGUCAGCCGGCGUCGCGAGAGCCGGCACGAACGCAGUCUGGCAGGAGGGCGGCGCCUGAGCUACAAGUUCGAAGACGAGGAUGAUGAACUAGAUCGGAUCGAGGAGGAGCGGGAAGCAAGCCGUUGGGCAUGA